ACUCCGGCUGGGGCUGUGACGGAGGCCGCGUCCUCCCUUGCUGGGCCCCAGUUCUCGCUCCGUUGUUGUCUGUCCCGCGACUUGUUGGUGAGAGGGCGGAGGAGCCUCCCGGCAGGCUGCGAAAUUUGGGUGACUGGCUUGACAGACUGCUCCCAAAGAUGUUUGGCUCUUCACGUGGGGGUGUGCGAGGUGGACAAGACCAGUUCAACUGGGAAGAUGUGAAGACUGAUAAACAGAGAGAGAACUACCUGGGGAACUCUCUGAUGGCUCCUGUGGGCAGGUGGCAAAAAGGCCGUGAUCUCACCUGGUAUGCCAAAGGCAAGAAAGGGGAUGUGACCCUGAGCCGAGAAGAAGAGCUAGCAGCAGUGCGCCAGGCUGAGCAGGAGGCCCUCCUGGCUGCUUUAGGCUACAAGAAUGUAAGGAAGCAGCCCACAGGACUGAGCAAAGAGGACUUCGUGGAAAUCUGCAAGCGGGAAGGGACUGAUCGUGAGGAGAAGGAUGUGGAUCAGCUGUCAGGCCUGGGGAGCUCCAGUGGCUCGGCCGGCCGGGUGAUGCUCUCCAAAGAGGACAAAGAAGCUGCCAAGCUGGGGCUCUCCGUGUUUACGCAUCACAAGGUGGAGAGCAGCGCCACAGUCGAGCCGUCGGCACCCCCAGCAGCCAAGAGGAAAGCCGAGCCGAGGCCUGAGAGCCACAAGAAAGUCAAAAAAGAGAAGAAGAAAAAGAAAAAGAAGAAGCACAAGAAAGAGAAGAAGAAAGAAAAGCACUCUAAGAGGCGCUCCAGCUCAUCGUCACCUUCCCCCUCUCCAGACAGGCACAGGACCACCCAACACCGUGCUUCCCCCUGCCCUUCCUCUCGGUCCCAAGCACCUAGGAGCAGGCACAACACGGACUCUUUGGAUGGUGGGCGUUCUUCCCCCAGCCACAGGAGAAAGCAUCGGAGCCCUGAGGCUCAGCCCCGGCACAAGAGGCAGCGGCAUGACUCAGAUGACUGAACCUCGUCCCCGGAAAGCAGAUGGUACAGACAGGGACCCCUUGAGUCCCCGGGCUGAAAGGCCAAAGCCCUCACCUUGCUUCUGAAGGAGCCUGAGCUCGCCAAUGCCUCCGGAGUAACAGGGCUUCCUUGUUUCGGGGGCAGAGCAGAGACGCUGGGGCCUUCCCUCAGUGGGGCUGAUGUGUCUUUGUCUGUGUUAAGGGACGCUACCUCUUAUCCAGCCCCUGUUAGGAUUGAUCCCUUCCCCCCCUUCCCAGUCCUCCUCAGGGCAGUCCUCCCAAUAAAGCUUCUGCCUGUGUCCCUGCUUCUCAGGGAGUUUUACGGCCCAGGCAGAGGGAAGAACAGAGGUCUGGGCCUUGGGUCUGCCAUCCCAGAUCGAUUCCCCAGAGAUGAGAUCAGCUCAAUUCACAGGAGGGAAAGAGUCUAACUCAUUCCUUGCUUAGCAAAACAGACCUAGGCCUGGGAGGCAGGAAGCCGAGUUCUGAUCCUGACUUUACCUCCCCAAAAGUGUUUGACUGUAGACGUGUCACCUCGCUGCCCUAAGAUUUCAUUUUUCGGUCUAUAAUGAUUCCUUUACUCCUCACAGCGCUGUGGGAGUGAAGAGAGUGCCUUAUAAACCUUGAAGAACUAUAGAAAGGUAAACUAAUAAGUGACCGUGUGACCUGGGACAAGUCCGGUCCUCGCGGUGGCCUCUGUUUUCUUACUUAUGCAGAUGAGGACAUUCGAGGACUCAGGGUUACACAGUGACCUGGUGGCUGUGAUUUCACUAAUGUUUCAUGUUUUAAGGUCUUCCAGCUUGGACAGCCUGCUUUAACCACCACUGGGCCUUAUAAAUCCAAGUGAAUAUUGCUCCCCGUGAGACUGCUGCUUUCAAGAAGGCGGUCAUUGCUCUGGCCUCAUUUGGGGCACAGUGGAGUCUGGCCUUCCACACCUGCUUGUGCAUGUUUAUAAUGGCUUCCAUUGCAGCAACACUUUUCUACACAACAGCUCUGGGGUAUUAUUAUCCCCAUUUAUCUUUUUUAGACCCAUUUUACAGAUAAGGAAACAUUCAGAGGAGUAACUUGGCCAGGUCACAUAGUAACUACAACAGCUCAGAUUCAGAUACAAGUCUCAAGACUUAACCUACAGCCUCUUCUCAGUGACAACCUCAGUCUAUUUGGUUCUAGCUCUUUGCUGGCAACAGACCUUUUUUCUUCAAGGGUGGCUUUGAGUUUUUAUAAAGAACAAAACAUCAGUGAGUCUGGUAGAUGUGGAGACAAAAUUUUGGGGGGAGAGGCACUGUUCACAAGCUCUGGUGUGUUAGGAGGAGCCACCUCAGGCUCCCUUGGGGCCCAUCUGGCCUAGCAUUGUUCUUCAGCUUCUGGAAGACCAAGCCAGGCUAGGUGCAGCAGCAGUAGUGGGGCAGGUUGGAGACAGAGGAAGAGGGUCACGAAUGGGAAGCACAUUGGACUGAGUGCUAGAGCGGUGCAGGGGUAGGUGGGUCCUCCAUUGGAUUUCCGAGGACCACUGGCAUCAGGAACAGCGGUGUGAAAGGAGAAGUAGCCUCUAGGAGGCACUGAGGGGUCAGCCAGUGCCCUUAACAGAAGGGUAAGGGCAGUGGCCCAGUAAGAUUGUGGGGUUGAGAGUGCCUUGAGUCCAAAUUUUGGGUCAUGGACCCCUUUGACAAUCUGGUGAAGAAUAGUGGUUAACGUUUAAUAAUAUCGUCAUUGAAAGAAAUGUUCAAUUUUAGUUCAGAAAUCAGUGAAAAUAAGGAUGAUUUUUUUUCCUUAUCCAAGUUCACGGACCCCUGGAAUCUAUGUAUGGGGCCCAAGUUAAGAACUCUUGCUCUAGUCCAGUCCCCUCCUUUUAGAGAGGCCUGAACAGGGGAAGUAAAAGCCUGCUGAGCCCUUGUUGCCCGUCCAGGCACUGAGAGCUGUGGGGAAGGGUUCGAGGAGAGGAGGGGGAUUGUGGGAACCUCGUGGAAGGAGUAGGAAGGACCUGCAUGAAGUGACUGAUGGGAUGCCACCCAGAAUGAUCGUAGGGCUGAGAGGUGGAAGGGCCUUAGCAUCUAUUUCGCCCUUUGAUUUUGCAGAGAAGGAAACCGAAGUCCAAAGAGCUUUCCUUGUUCAAGGUCACAGAGCAGGGGUUGGAAUCCAAGUCUUGUGACUCCCAAGUCUUGCCUUAAUUCUGUCUCCCCAUGAGUGGGCUUUCAUUAGCUCAGAAGAAGGAGAGGGUGUCUAAUAAGAAUUUGCAAAGUAAACGAACCUACUCAUUUUACAGAUGAGAAAAUCCAGGAAGCCUUCCCUGAUUUCUCCCUGCCAGAAAUGGUGGUUCCCUUCUCUGACUCCACAGAGCAAUCUGUCCCUCUUAUGUGUGACUUGUCCAGUGCUCAUUUGUCUCCAUCUCCUCUCCCCUACCACCACUACUGCAGGGUCUGCUUGUCCCCAAGAGCACUUCUUACCUUGAUCUGCUAUCUGUAAACCUUAUCCUUCACACCAGUGCCAGGAAGUAGGCAGGGCAAGGGGCAUCUCCCCUGAUGGGCAGAUGAAGAGGUGGGUGUGGAGGGGACCUGUCCAGAAGUGCUGGUUGGGUACAGUAACAGAAUGGGGAUGAGCCUCCCCACUCUCAGUGGUAUUUGUCUUAAGCAUCGGCUCCUUUCCCUGGCUGAGAGCCCCGGGGCCCUACCUGUAGUGGGUGCCACCAAAUGCCUAACAAAAGACUAGCGGUUACCCAUGGGGGAAGGCCCUGUACUGCACCUUUUGUCUCCACCUUCUACCCCAGCACACGACUUCCAUGUCUAUGUAUCAGCCCAGUUCUGUCCUGAAUGCCAGUGCAGCAUCACCAGCUGUCUGCUGGAUGACCCCGCCUUGUGAUCCUGGGCCAGUGGUGGUACUUCCCUGCACCUCAGUGCCUUCAUCUGUGAAAUCAGGAAGCUGCCGUGGGCCUCCUCCCUAAGGCCCCUUCAGGCUCUCAGUGACCCAUCCAGGUGUCCUGCUGGCCCCCCAAACUUUGUGUCCCAAACCAUUGAGCUCUCCUACCUUUAUCUUGCCCUUACUCCAGACAGUGCUGCCCUCCCAGUCACCCAAGGUGGAGCUGGAAGGCGUUCUCAGCUCUCGGGCAGUCUCUUGCCGGCUUGGGUUCAUGCUUCCUUCAUGACAUUUUGGCAUCUUGUCCCUUCUCCACCCUCAUGGCCGUUCCCCUUGCUUCUUGUCUGGAGUACUGAAAUAGCUUCCCAAGUAGCCUCCAUGCUCCAUCUCCCCCUUCCUGCCAGCCUUUCACAUAGAGGCACAGGUUUGCUCAAAAACCUUUAGUGGCUCCCUAUUACCUAUAGGAUAAUACCCAGUAUGAACUUCAUGGCCUGGUUUUUAAGGUCCUUCGCAAUUGGCCUCCACCUUCCUUUUCAAGUAUCUCCUGUUAUACUAUUGCCUGUCUGUGUUUUAACCCAACUGGAUAAUUGGUUUUUUAUUCCCAGAACAUCAUUAGAAGCUAUCUCCCCAUGCCUUUCAUGAUAUACUUGUUUCUGCCUCUUACACUGUCCACUUUUGCCAAGGUUCAGCUCAGGUCUUGCUUCAGUGGAGCCAUCGUGGGCCUCCUCCCUCUAUAUUGUCUCACUAUUAACAGCUAUUAUCUCUAUGCAGAUGAUUCUUCCAUCUAUAGAUCCAGCCUAUGCCCCUCUCCUCAGCUCCCAUUUCAGGUACCCGCUCUGACUUGGUAUAUCCAACAAAUCAUUUUCACUCCAAAACCCACCUCCCUUCCAAACAGAUCUCACUUUCUGCCUUCCCAACAUCUCUCCUCUGAUGUCCCCACUGUCCCGGUGCAGGGCAAUGACAGUUAAGUGACUUGCCCGGGGUCACGCAGCUACUAAGUUGCCUGAAGCAUUGUAAUGGCUGCCGGCCUCAAGUCUCUCCCUCCCUCCUCCACUCAGCUGUCAAAUUGACAUGGGGGGAGGGGGGGGUGUCAAGGUUAAGUGACCUGCCCAGGGUCACAUAGCUGGUGUCAAGUUGGCUUUGAACUCUGGGAUUCCGGACUCCAGGGCCACCUUGCUGCCCCUCUGCCCAUAUUCUAAUGGCUCCCUAUUACCUCUAGGAGCAAACACAACUUUGCCCAUUCCUCUCCAGCUCUGACACCUACCUCCAUGGGCUAAGGGUCCAGCGAUCCCGGCUUUCUUGCUUCUCUUUGAACACAAAACUCCAUCAGGUUGAAUCCCAUCUUCCCUAGGCGGUCUUCCAGGCUCCCCUACUACCAGUGCCUUCGGUCUAGGACCAGCUUCCCUUUACACUGUGUCUGCUGGGUGGGUUGUUGUCUGCAUGGUGUCUCUCCUGUUAGAAUGUGAGCUCCCCGAGGGCAGGGAUCAUGCUUUGCCUUUGCUCAUAUCCCUUCUGCUUUGCAUCCUGUCUAGCACAUAGUAAGUGCUUAAUAAAUAUUUGAUUGACUAAA